UGCUGCUACUUAAUACCUAGGUAAUAUGCAGCCGUAUUCCACAGAGAUUAUACCCUCUGUUACGCUGGUAGCAUCUGAAUUGGCCUGUGAUUCCCGCCAUGUCGGCCGAUUUCUGGGCCGGCUAUCUCAGCGGAGUAGUGGGAAUUGUAGUAGGGAAUCCUCUUGACAUUGAGAAAGUGCAUCAGCAAACAAGAAGGCAUGCUACCGGAAGGCCAUAUAGCCAGAGCUCUGUGGCCUUUAUGAAAGGCACUGCCGCGCCAAUUUUUGGCUAUGGGGCUCUGAAUGCGCUGCUAUUCGUUUCAUACAACCGGUCGGAGGCAAUGCUGAAAAAGGCGGCCUCGACACAGGAUGCCGGGUGGGUUACUUGGACAGCGGGAGCAAUGGGUGGUCUUGCUGUAUGGAUUGUCAGCGCCCCGACAGAGUUGAUCAAGUGCCGAGCGCAGAUAUCAAAUCCUGCCACAUCAAGCUGGACGAUAUUCAAGCAGAUAUUGCGUACAGACGGUGUGAAGGGCCUCUACCAUGGCGGGGUCGUCACAGCGCUGCGGGAUAGCAUCGGCUAUGGCUUUUAUUUUUGGACGUAUGAAUUGGCUCAUCACUAUUGGCCUACUGCUCAAAAGCGUGAUGGCGACACUGCCUCUGGGCAGCGAGAGACAUCAAAGGUCUUGUUGUGUGGUGGCAUUGCAGGGAUUGCCACUUGGGCCAGCGUUUUCCCUCUCGACGUCAUCAAGUCGCGGCUUCAAACACAGCAGCAUUCUUACCAGCCUGCAACAAGCGCUGCUGCAUCAGUUUUUACGUACCGUGGCAUAGCGAGUAAGAAGCGAGAUGGGGCAUGGCAGAUCGCUAAAGACACUUACAGAGAAGGCGGGAUUCGUCCCUUUUUCCGCGGCCUGUCUAUCUGCAGUGUCAGGGCAUUUCUUGUCAAUGCCAUUCAGUGGGCUGUAUAUGAAUGGAUCAUGAGUGAAAUGAACAUGAGCAAUAAACAUGCAGGAUUAUUGCCAGAGGCUUGAUGUCCUGUUCGGGUUAUUUCCUUCAAUAAACAGUCACACAUUCGCCUACAUACCGCUUAUAAGCUUCGAAGCAUUGGCUAUCUACCCUUCAACAGUUAGGUAGCUUCCUUCAUGUAUAUCUCUCCCAGACCUCUUUUUUCCUUCUUCCUAGGUGCUGCAUAUUCUACAUACAUAUAUGUAUAUUUUUACACCUACCUAUAUACCUAGAUAUAUGCUCCACAUGUACAUGACUGAUCCAAUACCAAGCUGUAAUCAUGGCGAUUUAGCAUUUAGGUAUUAUUUAUAGUACUCCGUAGCCCAUAUGAAGUUCUUG